AUGAAGGUCCUCAAGAUGUUGUAUAUUGCAGAUGAAGAGAACGAAGAGUACGAACCCUUUACUAACGAUGUCAAAAGCUUAGAAGGUAGAUUGCUGUUCGCAGUACCAAAAAAGGGAAGAUUGUUACAAGCAGCACUCAACCUGCUCGAGGGCGCGGAUAUUCAAUUUCGACGCGAAUCAAGACUCGAUAUAGCUUUAGUCAAAAAUUUACCAAUUGCGCUUGUCUUCCUCCCAGCAGCCGAUAUUCCUACAUUUGUCGGUGAAGGUCGAGUGGAUCUUGGUAUUACUGGACGAGAUACAGUUGCAGAACAUGCCACAGGAGUUGAAACUGAAAAGAGAGUGAAGUCCGAAUCAGGAACUUCAACUCCCGUCGAAGAGGCCAAGGAAGAGGGAUGUGUGGAAGUACUGGAUCUAGGAUUUGGUGCUUGCAAGCUACAAGUUCAAGUACCAGAAAAGGGGCCAUAUGCGAAGCCAUCAGACCUCAUUGGAAAAAACAUUGGUACCAGUUUUGUUAGUCUUUCCGAGGAUUAUUUCCGCGCGCUGGAGGCUGAGGCAGAUGGGAGUGCCCAAACUGGGCGCAAGUUGAAGACGAAGAUUAUUGAGCUUAGCGGCAGUGUUGAGGCUGCAUGCGCUCUUGGAGUCGCUGACGGAAUCGUGGAUCUGGUUGAAUCUGGCGAAACGAUGAAAGCAGCUGGAUUAAUGGCCAUCGAUACUGUUGUCUCGAGUACAGCAGUUCUCGUAAAAUCCAAGAAUCCAUCCAAUCCAGCAUUGGUAGAUCUUAUUGCUUCCCGCAUUCGAGGUGUCAUCACUGCACAAAAAUACGUCUUGUGCCAAUACAAUGUUCAACGAACGUUCCUCGCAGAUGCAGUCAAAAUAACCCCUGGAAAACGUGCACCCACAAUCAACGCCCUGGAAGAGGAAGGUUGGGUAGCUGUCAGUUCGAUGGUGGAGAAGAAGAAGAUCGCUGUGGUCAUGGAUGAAUUGACGGCAGUCGGAGCAACGGAUAUUCUGAUUCUUAAUAUUGCAAAUACGAGAGCUGGGUGA